AUGCAGCUGAGAAAUGCCUCAGCAGUAUCUGAAUUUAUCUUCCUGGGCCUCACCGAGAUACAAGGUCUGCAGAUGGUCCUUUUCAUAAUAUUCCUCCUCGUCUACAUCACGACUCUGCUGGGUAACCUCCUCAUCAUGGUCACCGUGACCUGUGACCCCCGGCUCCACACUCCCAUGUAUUUCCUGCUGCGCAGCCUGUCCGUCAUGGAUCUCUGCUAUUCGUCUGUCACGCUCCCCAGGAUGCUGGUGGACUUCCUCUCUGCCACUAAGGCCAUCUCUUAUGGUGACUGCAUGAUUCAGAUCUUCUUCUUCCACUUCCUUGGAGGGACUCAGAUCUUAUUCCUGGCAGUGAUGGCAUACGACCGCUACGUGGCCAUCUCCCGGCCCCUGCAUUACGUGGCUGUCAUGAACACCCCCGUGUGUGUGGGGCUGAUAGCCGCCGCCUGGGUAGGGGGCUUUAUGCACUCAAUCGUCCAGCUGGCUCUGUUGCUCCCAUUGCCCUUCUGUGGCCCCAACGUCCUGGAUAACUUCUACUGCGACGUCCCCCAGGUCCUCAAGCUCGCCUGUGUGGACACCUCCGUCCUGGAGAUCCUGAUGAUCUCCAACAGCGGAAUGCUCGUUGUCGUCUGGUUCCUCCUCCUCCUGGUAUCUUACACAAUCAUCCUGGGGAUGCUGAGGUCCCACUCCAAGGAAGGGAGGAGGAAGGCCGCCUCCACCUGCACCUCCCACCUCAUCGUGGUCUUUGUGCAAUUUGUGCCAUGCAUCUACAUCUACACCCGACCCUUCACCCCAUUUCCCAUGGACAAGGCGGUCUCCAUCUGUGAUACGGUUCUACCCCCCAUGAUGAACCCCAUGAUCUACUCCCUGAGGAACAGGGAGGUGAGGUCGUCUGUGAGCAGGAUGAGGAAGCGACUUGAACCCAUAGGACCUAUCCAACAUAAUCUUUUCUCCAUUUUGUAA